ACAACGUCGGAGAAACUGGCCUAAAUGUCGGAGAGGAGUUUAAAAGUAGGCGCGCGGGUCGACAUAACCGGCAAGGAUCUACAAGGAACCGUUGCCUAUGUUGGUAUGACCAGCUUCGCCGUUGGCAAGUGGGUGGGCGUGGUGCUUGAUGAACCGAAAGGUAAAAACAAUGGCACAAUCAAAGGUCAAAAAUAUUUUGAAUGUGGCGAGAAUUUUGGUACAUUCGUACGGCCGACACAACUUCGUGUCAUUGGUGGCAGUCCCGAUUCGAAGAAGUCUUCGGAAGAUAUAGCCGAUUCGGCAAGUAGUAGCAGCAGCAUAGCCAGAACGCCCAUUGCCCAACCCACUAAAGCACGGUUGAGCGGGUCUCGCACCUCGCUCUCUUCCAGCCGCCAAUCAUUGCUGGGUUCACGUUCGCAGCUCUCAACUUCGCUGAUAGAACGUAGUGGUAGUACAGCAAGUAGUUCCAGUGGCGGCCGGAAGAGUUUACAACCACCCAGUAUUACAGCCAGGGAUCAUAUUACUGCUGGCUCUGCCACGGCAUCCAGUUCAUCGAUACCCACGGCUGAGGGUGGCAGUAGUAGUGCUAGCGGUGGCAAUGGUAGUGCCUCGCAUUCGACUUCGAAACGUGCUUCCUUCGUCGAAACUGGUUUCCUUGAGAUUCUCAGGCCGCAAUUCACGCCAUUGCAGCCAAUGCGCUCGCCUUCUUUUACCGCUGCACCGCCGGGGCCCACCGCUGAGGAGAAGGCCGCCGCCGCUGAGCAGCAGAAAUUAAUCGAGGAUCUGCAAGGAAAAGUUACCGAUCUGACGGAGAAAUUGGAGACUCUAAAACAGCGACGCAAUGAAGACAAAGAACGUCUGCGCGAAUUCGAUAAAAUGAAAAUACAAUUCGAGCAGUUGCAAGAAUUCCGCAGUAAAAUUAUGGCUGCACAAGCAUCACUACAAAAGGAAUUGCAGCGCGCUAAGCAAGAAGCGAAGGAUGCUAUUGAAGCGCGCGAACGGCACGCGCAAGAAAUGUCCGAAUUGUCUGAUAAUGUCGAACUCAUAACCUUAGACAAGGAAAUGGCUGAGGAGAAGGCCGACACGCUACAACUUGAGUUGGACUCGGCCAAAGAGCGUAUUGAGGAGUUGCAAGUGGACUUGGAGCUGCUGCGUUCAGAGAUGCAGAACAAAGCUGAAACUUCAAUUGGCGAGAUCUCCGGCGAAGGUGGUGUUGGUGGCAUGUCCACCUACGAAUUCAAACAGCUGGAGCAACAAAAUUUGCGUUUGAAGGAGACACUAGUGCGCUUGCGCGACUUGUCUGCGCAUGAUAAACAUGACAUACAGAAGCUGACUAAAGAGUUGGAAUUGAAAAAAUCCGAGGUGGCCGAAUUGGAACGCACGAAGGAAAAGCUAUCGAGCAAAAUUGAUGAUUUGGAAGCGACAGUCGCCGACUUGCAGGAACAAGUCGAUGCUGCACUUGGCGCUGAGGAGAUGGUCGAACAAUUGGCCGAAAAGAAAAUGGAGCUCGAAGACAAGGUAAAAAUGCUCGAAGAAGAGGUAGCACAGCUAGAGGCGCUUGAGGAAGUACACGAACAGCUGGUGGAGAGCAAUCACGAAUUGGAAAUGGACUUGCGUGAGGAGUUGGAUUUGAUGAGCGCUGCGCGUAAGGAGGCUCUUCGCGAACGUGACGCUGCUAUUGAAACGAUUUAUGACCGCGAUCAGACAAUCAACAAAUUCCGCGAGCUGGUACAGAAGUUGAACGAGCAGUUGUUGGAUCUACGCGAUCGCACAACCAACAAUGAUCCGAAAUCGCUGCAAGAUUCUAAUAGCGGCGUUAAAAUUGCCAGUGAAACAAUCGACUACAAGCAAAUGUUUGCCGAAUCGAAGGCCUACACACGCGCCAUUGAUGUUCAGCUGCGCCAAAUCGAACUUACACAGGCCAACGAGCAUGUGCAAAUGUUGACCGCCUUCAUGCCGGAGUCAUUUAUGAGUCGUGGCGGUGAUCACGACUCCAUACUGGUCAUUCUGCUUAUCUCACGCAUCGUCUUCAAGUGUGGCAUUGUGGUGGGCCAGACGCGCGAACGCUUCCCAGCUGUUAAUAAUGUAACACGCGAGGCAGUUUUUCAGGGUCACUCAGUGCAGCAGUUCGCCUUCAAAUGCCGCCUGAUGCACUACAUACACAAUCUGCAAUGCGCGCUUCACCAAAUACUCUAUGGGCUUAACAGCUGUCAGCCGGACACACUGCUGCGCGCCGGUAAUUCACUACCCGAAAUGGUCGCACAGGAGAAGACUAUCGAUGGCAUUAUUGAAUUGCUGAAGUCAAAUCAGUUGGAUGAGAAUUCCGCCACAGAGAAUAUCGAGAAGUGCAUGGCCUUCUUCAAUGCCAUGAACUCUGUGCUGCUCGCGGGCGAGGACCUCGUCAACGAAACACAAAUGAUACGCGACUGUGUCGCUGCGCUCGGAUCCGCCUGUGAGUCGAUAUUGAAUGAUGUUACAAUAGCGCGCGCUAUCGUACGUGAAGGUGGCGAAACUAGCGACUCAAUGCUGCUCAUGCAAUACCUCAACGAGCAAACGGAGGCAGUUAAACAGCAAGUGAAGCUGAUUAAGCGACGCUUGCCACAGGAUCAACAUGUCAUUAAGUGCGGCAUAUCUCCGCUUAAACUCGAAGCUAUGCGACAAAUCACCCAGUCGCUGUCGCGCAUCAUGUCCGUCAUGCAUCUGGCCACCAAGCAAGCUGUGCAAGUCAUCGCCGCCUCCAUUGAAUCAGACAACACAGCUGAGCACACUGUCGAGCAUGGGAAGUUCUGGGAGCUGCUCACGCAGGCUUGUGAGCGCGUGUACGAACAGGACGAUCGUGGCCCGUCACAAAACUUCAAGGGCUUGUUGUCACAGGCCAACAUCGAUUUGCAACAAUUUGCACAAUAUUUGUUGGACAAGGAGUAUGAGAUUAUGUCCCUGGCCAAUCAGAAGCAAGAGAAACCCGUCUCGCCAAUCAUUUCACGCGCACAUCUGAUCAAAAAGCAGCUAGAGCAAAAGAAUGUGCUGGCGGCGACACUCGAGAACCGUGAGGCGGACAUAAAGCAGCUGAAAUUGGCUGCCAAACUAAAACAGAAUGAGCUCUCAGAAAUGCAAAUACGCAAAGAUCUAGCCGAGAAGAAGCUCUCGGUGUUGCAGAGCGAAUACGAGCACGCAGUGGAAAAGUGGAAGCGUCAGUAUGAAGAGACACAUGCCCAAUUGGAGAAGCUGCAAAAGAAGGAGAAGGAGUACGAGGACACGCUCGAUCACCUGCAGAGCGAUAUCGAAGCGCUGGAGACCGAGAAGAGCACAUUGCGUGAGAAGCUGAAGUCAACCGGCGGCACCAAGCGUUUUGCCGAUUCCUCAUUAUCUACAACAGGCGGUAGCGGCGCCGCCUACGUCAGCCACGGCGUUUCAGGCAGCACACCACUCAUUGCCGAGGAGCUGCAACUGCUGAAGACGGUGCUCCAUAAUGAGCGCAACGCACGCUUGCGAAUGCAGGCGCAACAAAUACGCGAUAAGUUAAAGAAAUUCGAACCUAUUCAUGUGCCGCAACCGAAAGAUAAGCGCAUCACAGAGUUAGAAAGCGAAUUGACGCGCAUGAAACACGCAUGGGCGCUGUCGCUGCUGCAAGCCGGCCCUAAACCCGACUCCACAGGCAUUGAAUCUAUUGUAGCGCUGCAGCGUCGCAAUCAGCAAGUGCCCGCCAAGGCGGAGAUCUCCUCACGCGCCAGUCACUUGGCCGCCGAAAUACUCACAGAAUAUCUGCAACGAAACCCACAUCGUGCCGCCAAUUGCGAGUUUGCAGCGUUUCCCACAGUCGAAGUGAAGCGCGUGCUGAAGGUAUAAGCUUUUUUUUGGAAAAGGCAGUGGAACUUUAAGUGCAACUGAGUGGCUUGUAAUGUGGUUUUGAAAGCUGCAUUCUCGUAGUUAGGGGCUUUAAGCGUACAUAGCGUCUUUACUGGAAAAUUUUUGAUGAACGUUUAAUGGAAACCAUUCAUAUAUUCUUCAGCACAUACACAUAUACAUAUUACUCAAAGCCCUAAAAUAUAGGCAACUUAAAUUAUUGCUUGUUUCUACGGUCGCUCCCUUACAUUAUCCACACACUAAAUGUUAAUCUUUCUUUUUUUUAAAUGUAUAACGUGCAAAUGUAUAAGCAACAGUCAACGUUGCAAUUUGUAUCUCUAUUGAAUGUAAAAAAUGUAGUCGCCGUAAAAAUAUUUCAAAAAGUUAAACGCACAAGUUUGAGGUCAGACAGAAAUAGCGCAUUAAAAAAAGGAAUUCGAUGAAAUCUGCGCGACUACAGCAACAAAAUUCCAUUUUAAAAGGCACUUUGAUCUUUUUAUAUUUGUAGCGUCACAAAAGAUAUUAAUGUAUUGCUAAUUAAUAGCAAAAUUAUUUAAGAAAUUUUAAUUGCUUAAUAUGAAUAUGUUUGUUAGAAAUUCUUAGUCAAAGAGAUUCAGUUAAAAAUUUUUCAACGGUUUAUAUUGCUGCUUGCUUUUUUAACUUUUUUAUUUUUAUUUUUAUUUUUAUAUUUUUCACUUAUGUAGUUAAGAAGUCAUUAUAAAAGCAGCGUUUUAAAAAAUUAUUUAUGUAU